AUGUUAAGCGCAUUUAGAAGAAAAUCGAAAAUACCAGUAGAGAAAUAUGAUUUACCAAAGAUCAAUUGGGGGUUUUUCAACGAGAACGAUUGUAUUUGGGUCGAGCCCAGAGUCGAGCGAAUUAGAAGAGUCUCCAUGCUUCGGGUGUGCGUUUUAUUCAGUGCAGUUAUAUCCGUAGUAUUGAUUUUCCUGUGUAUCUAUAUAAGAUAUAGAAGAGGGAAGCAAACACCAGCAGCAGCAGAAGCAGAAGCAGACACACUAGCAUCACAACAGAAAGCUGAAGAAGACAGGAAAGCAGCGCCAAAAAUAAUACUAAUGCCAGAACUAGAAGCAGCACUAGAAGCAGAGAAGCAGAAAUCAGCAUCAGUACUAAUGCAAGAAAUAACACUAACGCCAGAAAUAACACUAACGCCAGAACUAACAGCAGCACUAGAAGCAGCGAGGCAGGAAGAAGAAGCCAGGAUAGCAAAACUCGUCGUAGCAAUACCAACAGCAUCACAACUCAGGGAAGCGAAAAAGAAAGAAGCAGACGCGCAACAGAAGAAGAAAGAUAAAAUACUAGCAGAAGCACUAAAAGCAGUAGAAGCGAAACAGAAUGCGCGGAAAGAACCCAGGAUAGCAGCUGAAGCACCAGCACCAGCAUCAUCACCAGCACUAGCACUAGAAGCACCAGAAGCACCAGAAGCAGCACCAUCACCAGCACUAGCACUAGAAGCACCAGAAGAAAGCAAGAAAGCAGAUGCUGAAGCAGCCAGACAAGCUGAAGAACUAGAAGCAGCCAGGAAAGCAGCUGAAGCAGCCAGACAAGCUGAAGAAUUAGAAGCAGCCAGGAAAGCAGCUGAAGAAGACAGUAAAGCAGCUGAAGCAGCCAAGACAGCAGCUGACGCAGAAGCAGCUGAAGCAGCAGAUGGUCUAAUAGAAGCAGAGGAAGAAUUCAAUAGAGCAAAUGCCGAUAAAAUAACCGCUGAAGAAGCAGCCAAAGCAGCAGCUGAGAAGAAAGAGGAAGCCGAUGCUGAACUAAUCACAGCAAAUGCUGAUAAAGAGACAGCUAAAGCAAGCGGGGCCAGUAAGAGUGCGAAGAAAAAGGCUAAUAAGAGGCAAUUAACCGCUGAAGGAGCAGCCAAAGAAGCAGCUGAGAAGAAAGAGGAAGCUGACGAAACAGUCCUGAAAGCCAACGAGAAGCAAGAGCAGGCUAAGAGGAAUAAGGAGGCAGCUGGCGAAGCAGUUCUGAAAGCCAACGAGAAGCAAAGAGAACUCCAAGAGGCAGCCAAAGUAGCAAAAGAUCGUCUGAAUGCCAUCAUCGCAGGACGUAACUAG